AUGAAUGUCUCAGGCCUGCCCGUGCUGGCCAGUCAUGGCCCAAACUCUACGCCUGCCUCUGCCGAUUCCACACCGAGCCAGGCGCAGGCCCUGCUCAAGGUUGCCCAGGCCGAGUCGCGAGAACACAACCUUUGCCCGCUGGCAAGCUCGCGUCGUAACACGUACGAGUUGCGUGAGGGCGGUACUCGCUCCUCGACGCUCAUCCAGGACGAUGGCCUCCUCAAGGCGUCUACCCACGGCGGAACCAACGUCAAUGCCACUAUCGGCGCGGCCCUCUAG